ACGUGCCAGCUGCAGCAGUUGGUGCAGAGAGUGAGUGUCCUACAUGCUGCAUAGACCAUCAUAUCCUUAGCCCGCUAAUUGUUGGCUUACAGCCCAUGCCGGAGAAGUUUUGGACAUAUGUUCGCACUCGCUAUCGUUCGAUUGUGGAGCUCAUCUAUGAGGUGGACGAUGCUAUCUCCGGCAUUGUGUUCAUAUCCUUUGGCUCCAAUUUGUACUUUAUCUGUCUGCAGCUGCUGAAGAGCAUCAACAAAAUGCCAUCGGCUGUGCAUGCCGUUUACUUUUACUUCUCGUUCGCAUUUCUGAUUGGCCGCUCGCUGUCGGUUCUGUUGUUCGUCUCCGCGGUGCACGAACGGGCGCGGGAGCCGUUGCGUCUGCUGCAUCUGGUGCCGCCGAGUGGCUAUCAGAGCGAGGUGCAGCGCUUGGCCAACGAGCUGUCAAGCGAUAAUGUGUCGCUGAGCGGCCUCCGGUUUUUCAACGUCACCAGGAAGCUCUGCCUGACUGUCGCUGGCAGCAUCGUCACCUACGAGCUGGUGCUCAUACAGUUUCAUGAGGAUGAAAAGAGCUGGGCCUGCCAAGCGGGCAAACAAUAAGCAAAAUAUAUUACAUAUAUAUA